AAUUUUCAUUUUUUGGUGAACUAUCCCUUUAAGUGCUGCCAAAAUCCUGAUUUAUAAAUGUGGCAUCUUCUGACAGAAUCACCAUACAUUUACAUUAAAGCUUUACUGUUGUUGCUCUUCUCAUCAUGUUAUGAGCCUUAUUUUAUUUUAAAUAUGAGAGAAAACGUUGUUUCUACACAGACAACUACGUGCAUGUGUACGUGCACACCAUAUCAUAGGGAGAGAGAAAGCUCUCACAUCAAGACAAUCUGUGUGUUUGUGCAUGGGUACAUGCAUAACACUCCUGCUAACCUUUGUUUAGUCAUGAUAAACUAGAUCAGUCGUCUUCUCGGUCAGUAACAUCCGUGACUGAUAACGUUUGCGUUAAAAAGAAAGUAUAUCGAAGUACGGACCUUAAAGCACCGCUGCCUUUUCACUGUCAUGAGAGAGAGAGAGAGACACGUGCUGUUGAAGCGCUGCAUGCAACAUGAGAGAGAGGUGCGUGCUGAGUGCUCGCAACAAUGAAUUUAAGCAGUUUUAAACAGUAAAAUAUACAUGUAAAUGGGAAUCCUAGAAAAUCUAUUCAUGGCGGCCAGUGUUGAUUUCAUGGUGCUGCGCUACGAGAAAAUCAAUGUAUGGGAAACACUGUCAUGUUAUAUCAUAGCUUCUUGUGUUAAAGUUGUAAAUACAUUUUAUAGUUUAAAAGGGAAAUAAAAGCAUAUUAGCCUUAUUGAUUAUUUGACUGUCUUUGAGAAAAGGUAUAAGUUUAUUUUUGUGAAUGUAAACGUGUUCAGGAAAAUGUUUUUGUUAAGUGUAGGGGUGUGCGGUUUCAGAAUUGGUGAUGACGGUUAUGACGUGAGUCAAAUGUGACAUUCCUAACAUAACCGUCCACGUUUUGCGCGUUGCUGCAUUUGUUUGUUAAAGGAGAACUGACAAAUGAGCAGACACUGAUUAGCUACUUGCUCUAAGUUUCUUUAAAAUUAACAGCAAGACAACUAGCAGUGAAUGUGCUUUCCCCGGGGCUUUGAACCAGAUUGUUUUCCAAUUGGUUCGUUCCGAACAGAAACAGUAUUUUAACGUUUUCGGUUCAACCCUAAAAUUGAGGUUCCUGAACUGGUUAAUAACGUUCCAUGUCAGCUGUGGGACAUACAAAUAAGUAGGCUGAUCAUUAAGACAUUAAACUUAAUUAUUAGUCUGCAUAAUUUUCCUUUAGUCUCUAUGUUGUCAUCAAACAUUAAAAAAGGUUACAUUAUGAAAGUGGCAUAACUGUAAUUCUGACAUGCCUACAUUUGUUGAGUGCAUUUAAACACGCGCACACACACAGAUGGAGGAUGAAUUCCAAACAGCGCUUCGGGAAGAAGAUGCAGCAUAAACAUGUUGCUUCACAUAAAGUGAAAAUUGCAUUGUUUUAGUGCUUUAUUCGCCAAAUGUAUUUUACACAGUGGUGACACACUAGUGCAACUCUCUCUCUAGUUUAUUCAUCAAGAGUUCUGAUCUUUGUAGGGCAUAGGGAUAAUAACGUUUAAUUGUUGGACCGCACACAUUCAACCACAUGUGCAUCUCUGCUUAUAGAAAAUUGCUCACUUUAGCGCUUUUUGUGGUUAAAUUGUUUAAAAUCACUUAAGUGUUAACAUUUGCAAGCCUUUGAAACACGUGCAAAUUAUCAACUUUUACCCUAUUUAAAUUCACAGGUGAUCUGACCCAUCAUACUUCUUUGCCAUUCAAAGCAGUCAGGAAAGUUAGCAGAUUAACAUUUGAUGAUUUGAACUUGAAAAGCGGUGUACUGGCGCCUUUCUGCGGUUAAAACAACUUUCCUCCUUAAGAUCAUUUAUGUUUAUUUGAUAUUAUAAAUUAACUAGAAGGAAGAGAUGAUUUGAAAGGUGAGACUUUGUUUAAUAUGUUUAAUAUCAAAAGUAACCUGGUCUGUCCUGUGUGUUAGCGUGUCUCUGGGUCAGCGUUGUAUUUUUCACUGCGUGUGAAUAUGGUGGGCUGUGAGAGUGGGGUAUCUUGUCGGACAUAGCGAUAGAAAACUAAGGGGGUCGGGUCUUUGUGAACGGUCAAUUGACCUGAUAUAUUUUUCAAAAAAUAUAUUUUAAUAACACAGUUUUGGCGGUUAUAGAGUUCAAAUGACUGUGUUCAACCAUAACCGUCGGUCUCACGGUUAUAUAAUAACAGUCACACCCCUAGUUAAGUGUUCAAAUAAUCUUCUUGUUCUGUAUAAACAAUACGUUAUUUGUUUCAUUAGUGCAAUGUUUAAAAAAUAUUAUUUCCCUAUUUGUUUACUCUAUUCAAAACCAUAUAUCAGAUGCAUAUUACUAUACCUGUAUUAAGUAAACAAAAUGCUUACUCUUCACUUUUGCUUUGCACAGUGACAAUGUAAAGAUGGUGUAAGGGAAUGUGAGAUGCAUUUUUAUCUGUAUGUAUGAAGUAGGAGAAUUCAGCAUCAUUGUCUAAUUUGUUUGUUUGUUUGUUUUUUUGUGUUGUCUUUUUUAUAUGAUACGUGGAAUGAAUGAUGCAGUGCUGAGAUGCCACGCGGAAAGGGUUUCCGUCGGGCCCAGGCGGCGAAGAGGAGAAAUGCUGAGCGUCAUUUGCUCAGGUCCUUCCUGGACUUAAAAGAGGUUGUGCCUCCUCUGAAAAAAAAGGCACCCCACAGCUCUGUAGAGAAUUGUCCAAACUGCCGUGAGGCUCCAAAUGCUUGCCAAAACUGCCGUGAGGCUCCAAAUGCUUGCCAAAACUGCCGUGAGGCUCCAAAUGCUUGCCAAAACUGCCGUGAGGCUCCAAAUGCUUGCCAAAACUGCCGUGAGGCUCCAAAUGCUUGCCAAAAGUGCCGCGAGGCUCCAAAUGCUUGCCAAAACUGCCGCGAGGCUCCAAAUGCUUGCCAAAACUGCCGCGAGGCUCCAAAUGCUUGCCAAAACUGCCGCGAGGCUCCAAAUGAUUGCCAAAACUGCCGCGAGGCUCCAAAUGAUUGCCAAAACUGCCGCGAGGCUUCAAAUGAUUGUCAAAACUGCCGCGAGGCACCAAAUACUUGUCAAAACUGCCCUGAGGCACCAAAUACUUGUCAAAACUGUCCUGAGGCACCAAAUACUUGUCAAAACUCCUCCCGCAAGGCACCAAAUACUUGUUAUAGUGGCUCAAAGGCUGCUGAAGCUUGUCAAAGUUGGGGUAAUAUUAACAGUGAUUUGCAUGUCAUUAACUCUGAUCCUUUUCCACUGAAAGUCAUACAGGGUUCCUUUCAUCAGGGUGAUUCUCGCUUUGGUUUCAACAGUGGCAGACAGUGUGCAGUAAACAGUGUCACAGCUGUCAUGAUGAGUGUGAUGAAGGAUGUGCUGACCUGGACAACAGAAGACCUGAAUGCUGUUCUAAUGCAAGGAGAUGAGCUGUACACAUGUAUGCGACUGCAGGGGAAGAUCAAUGAUGACACGGGCCGGGGACAUGUUUCUGUUGCUGAAUUGCCAAACGUGCACACACUGCACAACACAAUAUUUUCAAUAAACUUUGCCGAAUCUUUCUCAGGUGUUAUUGGUGUUGAUCUAUAUGAUGAAGCUGUACAAGAUGUAUGCAUGCCCUUAGAUGAAGCACUUCAGAGGACACUAUUAAAUGAUGAUGCAUGUUUGUUAAAUAUUAAAGACUAUAUUUGUGCCGUUAUAAAGGCAGGUACAACAUAUGCUGUAGUUGAUUCUCAUUCUCGUAAUAGUAAAGGUAUGGUUCAAUAUAACGGAACAAGUGUAGUAGUAUACUGUGAUGACAUAUAUGUGUUAUUUAAUCAUGUUAAUAAUCUUGCAAUGUCACUGAAUGCUCAGGGAACCCCAUUCGAAGUGACGGGUGUGAAAGCAUCUGUAAUUGGUAAGGAUUCAACUGCUGAGACAAGUUCUUGUGAGUCUGGUCAACAAAGCAGCAUUUGUCAAGUUUCACCUAAAGCAACAGGUGACAAUAGUAAGUGUAUUAAAGGUAAUGGUAAACAAACGUGUUCAGACAGGCCAGUACUGUGCAAACUGAAUCAGACGUACGGGGAUUCCAAUGAGAAGAGUAAACUACAGGCUGAACCAAAGCUUACACAUGUGAGCAAGUUGUGUGAUAAUUUAUCAAUGGAUGAUGUCAUUAUUUUAGAAACUGUAAAUACAGAGUUCAAUUUCAAACCUUUAAUUUCCACAGAUCAGGAUGCUUUGUGUAAACGUUUACAACUGACUAAUGAAUACAAUGGUGUACAAGGUAGGACUUUGUGUUUGUUAAGAAUACCGUGUAAAACAAAGAGCAUCAAGGCAGACGGUAACUGCUUUUAUCGAUCAGUAGCACACGCAGUAUGUGGCAAUGAAGAGAAACACCUUAAAAUAAGACGUGCAGUUGUGAAACAUCUUGAAGCUAACAGUUCUAAGUUUGUGAGGUAUUUAAGAGAAGAGUACAGAUCACUAAAAGAUUAUGUGACGCAGUGUAAAAUGUAUUACUCCGGAUCUUGGGCCACAGAAAUUGACAUUUUUUGUACGGCUGAUUUGUUGAAAAUAAAUAUAUUCACCUUCAAUAAUGGCAGAUGGAAUGUGCAUGCACCCACUGGACAAUGUUUGUGCAGAAGCAUGCAAAAGUGUAGGAGAUGA